GUGACAGGGCUCGGGGCGCUGCUUAGCCCUUAGCGCCGAGUGCCUUGGCCGGUUGGCUCCGCUGUCCCUCGGGCUGGAGGUAACCCUGAGAGGAACAGGCAGGGGAUCCUCUCCCCAAGCAGCAGCGCCGCGCCGCGCGGGCCGAGACCCGCCUGGAGCUGCCGAGUUCCGGACGGUCCCGGCAUAAUGUUUUUAACAACAGUAUUACUCCGAAAGAGAAUUCCUGGAAAACAAUGGAUUGGAAAGUACAGGCGACCAAGGGUGAUUACCCUUGCAAUGAAGCAGGCAAUGAUCCGAAGGCUGGAAAUUGAAGCAGAGAAUGAAUAUUGGCUGAGUCGACCUUACCUGACGCAGGAACAGGAAUUCAGACAUAACACAGAAGGGAGACGUGCAAGAUGGGAAGCUUUCAAAAACCUGACAAGAUCCAAGUUCCCUGAGCAUAGAUAUAUCAGCGAUCAUUUAAACCACUUAAAUGUGACAAAAAGGUGGACAUCUUGAAUAACGCAGUGUGUUUGUAUUUGGCAUGUAUUAUGCACUACCACGGCAUCUGCUGUUGUACCUAGUAUGGUACUUUUGUAAUUGAAUAUAAGAAGGGUGGAUGACAAAUGAGAUUUUGCUACAGUAUACAAAAUCUUACAUUAAAGGUAGUCCUACAGAACAGUA